AUGGAGGUCCCAGCCUUUGAGAGCUGCCUACUGCAAGAAAUAUGUGCAUUUCUGGAAAUCCAUAAAACGAGGACAACACCGUAUCAUCCAGAGGGGAAUGGCCUGGUGGAACGCACCAAUAGGACCAUAAAGAAAAUACCAACCACUCUCGUGGAUCGCUAUGAAGGGGAACGGUGGGACGAACACAUUCCGCUAUGCAUGCUGGCCUAUCAAGCAGCUACACACGAGUCGACAGGUUACGCACCGGCGUUUUUACAACUCGGCCACGACCUCCGACUGCCUUCAGAAGCAGACACGCCUGUGGUCCCUGCAGACCAGGUUGGCAGUAACGAAUAUACCCGGUCACUCCGAGAACGCCUGUUUACAGCACUACAAAUCGCCCGUGAAAACAUUGGGCAUGCACAGCAACACCAGAAAACUGUGUACGACCGCAAAUCAUGCGGACCUCUGUAUGAAGUAGGCGACUUUGUGCUCCUACACCGGCCGAAAGCACCACCGGGUGCGCCCGCUAAAUUCCAUCGCAUGUGGCAAGGACCUUAUGUUAUAGUUAUUAAAAGACCAAACAAAACCUAUGUCAUUCGUGACUAUUCUAAGUCACAUGCGGAUGUACAGUGUGUACAUUACAAUCAGCUAAAGCCCUACCCUUCACCUCUCCCUGACACCCAGCCGUCUACGUCCUCCUAUCCCCCACCUGUCAGCCAUACCGUUGAGAUCAAUACAUCCGGACACAAACAUCCCUUCUUAGCACUGAGGACAGUGCUCAUACUCGGGAGGGGGCAGUGUAACGCAUUUGAAACCCGACUGUACCUGAUUGUAUGUCUAUCAUAUGACAUUAUGUGUGCCUCUCCCUCCCUCUAUUCCCCUACUGCAGGUACCACGGACGAGUCACCACGGGCCCUGGACAGGGAAGAGUAUUCCGGUUGUACACCCCCUAACUGA